CUGGCAACCAACAUGGCUAGAUUUCGAAAGACGACGAAUGGCGACGAUGGAAACUCGGCGAAACAACUUUAUUUUAUCAACUUCCUGGGGGAAGGAAAUGGGAAGAUGAUAUGGAAAUAAUUUCGAAAUUUCUCUUCUUUUUCGCCAUAUUGCAGCCCACGAACUGUUGUCUGCGAGCAGAAUAUCUGAGUGGAUUAGGGGAGUGCUGUCCGAUGUGUGGAAGAGGUUUAGUGGUUCGUAAAGACUGCACACAGGACUCCAGCACGUCUUGCAUUCCCUGUUUGAAGGGGACAUACAUGGAUGAACCAAAUGGCUACAAUAAAUGCCGUCAAUGCAAAAGAUGUGAUUCAGGUCAAGGACUGUAUACAUUACGUGAAUGCACUACAACAGAGAAUGCCAUGUGUGAUCUUCUUGAUGGGCAUUACUGUUUAAGUUUUUCAUCACCAAAGGAAUGCAGUUUUGCCGGAAAACAUACACUCUGUACAGCUGGGCAGAAAGUUAAAACACCUGGUUCUAAAACCUCGGACACCGAGUGUGAAGACUGUGCUAAGGGUCAGUACUCUACAGAUGGAGUGAACUGCACUGCAUGGACUGAUUGUGAUGCCAUUGGAAAACAGAAAGUUGAAGAAGGAAGUGCGACAUUUGAUGUUAAAUGCACAGACAUACCCAGGCGGCAGAGAUAUAUACUGCUAUUGAGUGUUGGGUUGUCUUUUAUUAUGGGCGCCUUGGUCUUUUAUGGAAGAUUCCAGAAAAAAAAUUUUCACUCUGGGCCAGAUUCCUUUCGUGUGCAGGAAAGUUCAGAAGAAUUGCAGACACCGAUCCAAGAAUCAACGCCUUCCAAGGACUCUGAUGGAGUGGACUCUGGAUUUGAUGGAGCAUCUAACACUCAUACACUCAACACUCACUUAGAAGAGUGCAAAAACCCUCAAGGUCUGAGAAAGGAACUUGUUCUUAUUCACCCACCUGCAGUUUAACAAGUAAUUUGGAAUAAAAAAGUACAUUUUGAUUAAAAAAAACUUUUAAGAAUUCCUCCAGUUAAGAUAGUUUCUUUUACCUUCCUGUGCAACAGGAAGCUGGACUGCUGGACACAUGGACACAAUCUUAAAGCAUAGCCAUUGAUGCCUAGCUGACUGGGUAUAUGGGAGUGAACCUUUCCUUGCAAUACUAAGGCCUAAUGCACACUGCCUGCGUUGCUUGUGCCUGGAGGCUGCAUGUGUGUGUGUCGCACCACCAACGUUUCUGAUGCAGCGCUGCAGCCAGCCCUAUCUGUCUGCAUUGAGUUGGCCGUCAAUACACAUUCAGUUUGGUGUCAACCAUCGUUGAUGAGUGAUCCGAAAAGUGAAAACCAGAAAGUGGACCAGGUGGACUUUUAUUUAGUUGGACAGUUGACUUUUAUUACCCUUGUUCAGUGCAAUGGCAUGAGAGAGAGAGAGAGAAAAAGAGAGCGAGAGAGAGAGAGAGAGAGAGAGCGAGAGAGAGCUCAAUGAGUAACUGCUUACUGGCCUCCAGAAAAAAAACAAGUUCAGCUUGAGACUUCAGCUCAUUCAAAACUCUGCAGCUCGGCUAUUAACCAGAACCGAAAGGAGAGGGCACAUUAGUCCAGUUUUAGCUGCUCUGCACUGGCUUCCAGUAACAUUUAGAAUUGAUAAGGUCCUUCUCCUUAUAUACAAAGCCCUUAAUGGGCUAGGACCAAGUUACAAUGCAAACUCCCUUGUCAAAUACUUGCCUUCAAGAACACUGUGAUCAUCUAAUCAGCCUUUGUGUGAGAAGGUGAAUUUCUUACCGUGACUCACUGGAGAGGAGUUUGGCCCUUAUGUGGGUGGACUCCCCCACCACAAUGGUUGGGUCCAGGCUCCCCCACGACAGUGGUUGGAUCCAAGUGGAGCUAAUUGGACCAAUUUAGCCAAGUGGGCGGCCUAUUUAAAGGGUGCCUCAUUCGAGGAAAAAGAGCUUUGAGAAAGCAUUGUAAGGUAUGAGCGAAAAAAGUAGCCCUUUGUCUUUGUGAUUUAUGUUUGUUUAUUUUGUGGGCACCUGUCUGGGGUCCCCAUUUUAAAUAAAUAAGAAAAUAUUUUUGUAUAAAA